UUAAGUCUCUAGGCUCCCACCAUGAACCACCAAGAGAUCCAACAAACCAAGCAACUGUCGCAACGCCAACAGCAACAAGAACUGCCGCCAGAAGAUGGCGCCACCGUGCAAGAUCACACGUCGCAAGACCAGCAACAACAGCGGGAGCAAGCCGGUGGCGCCGCCGGCCGCCACCACCGGAACAAGCUCACAGUCCUCCCGCUCGUCUUCCUCAUCUACUUCGAGGUCGCCGGCGGGCCGUACGGAGCCGAGCGUGCGGUCAAGGCAGCGGGCCCGCUCUUCACGCUCUUGGGCUUCCUCGUCUUCCCCUUCGCGUGGGGCGUCCCGGAGUCCCUCGUCACCGCCGAGCUCUCCGCCGCGCUCCCGGGCAACGGCGGCUUCGUCCGGUGGGCCGACCGCGCCUUCGGCCCGCUCGCCGGCUCGCUGCUCGGCACGUGGAAGUACCUCAGCUGCGUCAUCAACAUCGCCGCGUACCCUGCCCUCGUCGCCGACUACCUCGGCCAGGCCAUCCCCGCCAUGGCCGGUCCAGGCAGGGCGCGCACGGGCACGGUGGUCGGCAUGACGGUGCUCCUGUCCUUCGUCAACUACACCGGCCUGAGCAUCGUCGGGUGGGGCGCCGUGGCGCUGGGCUUCGUGUCCCUGGUGCCGUUCGUGCUCAUGACAGGGAUCGCCGUGCCCAAGGUGAGGCCGCGGCGGUGGGCGGCGUCGGUGAAAGGGAGGAAGGACUGGAGGCUCUUCUUCAACACGCUGUUCUGGAACCUCAACUACUGGGACAGCGCGAGCACGAUGGCCGGCGAGGUGGAGCGGCCGGAGCGGACGUUGCCGCGGGCGCUGGCCGUGGCCGUGGUGCUGAUCGCCGCAAGCUACCUGCUGCCGCUCAUGGCGGCGACCGGUGCCACGGACGCGCCGCCGGAGGCCUGGGCGAACGGCUACCUGGCCGAUGCUGCAGGCAUCAUCGGAGGCUCGUGGCUCAAGUACUGGAUCGAGGCCGGCGCGGUGCUGUCGUCGAUCGGCAUGUUCGAGGCCCAGCUGAGCAGCGGCGCGUACCAGCUGCUGGGCAUGGCGGACCUUGGCCUCCUCCCGUCCGCCUUCGCCCGCCGUGCCGCCCUCUUCCGCACCCCGUGGGUCGCCAUCGCCGCCUCCUCCGCCGUCACCCUCGGCGUCUCCUUCCUCGGGUUCGACGACGUCGUCGCCACCGCCAACUUCCUCUACAGCCUCGGCACGCUGCUGGAGUUCGCCGCCUUCCUCUGGCUCCGCGCGCGCCUACCGGAGCUCAAGCGCCCCUACCGCGUGCCGCUCCCGCUGCCCGCGCUCGCGGCGAUGUGCGCCGUGCCGUCGGCGUUCCUGGUGUACGUGUGCGUGGUCGCCGGUUGGCGGGUGUUCUCGCUCGCCGGCGCCCUGACGGCGCUCGGCGUUGGCUUGCACGGUGCCAUGAUGCUGUGCAAGUCCAAGAAGUGGCUCAGGUUCCACACCGCCGCCGUUGCCGCCGAUGAAGAUCCCCAAGGAGAUCCUGCUGCUGGGCACACAGUCUGAACUUUUUGGACCGUCACGCGCAUGCAUUUCUGAUUUCAGAAUUCAAGAACACGUAAAAAAUCAUCAUAUAUGUUGAAACCAGGCGGUGCCCCAGCUUGAACGGCGGCUCUUGCCGCCGAUGAAGAUUGCCAAGGAGAUCAUGCUGCUGGGCACACAGUCUGAACUUUUUGGACCGUCACGCGCAUGCAUUUCUGAUUUUAAAAUUCAAGAACACGUAAAAAAUCAUCGUAUAUGUUGAAACUGGGCGGUGCCCCGGCUUGAACGGCAUCGCUGCCGGUGAGGCGAGA